AUGUCCACGACAGUUCAUGAAGACGAUUCGAAAUUGCAACGCGCGCUCUCAUGUGUAUCAUGUCAGCGGCGGAAAAUCAAAUGCGAUCGCGAUCUCCCUUGUGCCAAUUGCAUCACAUCUAGCAUUCAGUGUGUCCCUGCAACCGUCACCCAACGGCGGAGACGAAGGCUUCCAGAACGAGUCCUUCUAGAGCGACUGCGACAUUAUGAGGGAAUCCUGAGGCAGAACAGGAUCGAAUUUGAGCCGCUGCAUCCCGUAGCUUCAAAUCAUGCCUCCGAACAAGGCAAAGACUUGGCCGAGACAAGUUAUGCCAGUCCUAAAGAGUCAGCAGAGAGACAGACAUCAGAGACAGUAAACCUAUGGCACGCUAUCAGUAAAGUAACACUGGACACCGAGCAUGAUGGAGAUCAUCACAGCAGUCCUCCUAACGCAUGGGACCAUAAUGGCCAGAAACAAAGUGAGGGCAAUGAUGACCACUUGUUUUUUGACCCGAGGCCGAACGUCGAGAUCUCGACCUUGCACCCAGAUCAGGCACAAAUUUUCUGUCUCUGGCAGAUUUACCUCGAUAAUGUCAAUCCAUUGCUCAAGGUCACACAUACUCCAACUCUCCAGCGCCGUAUCAUAGAUGCUGUUGUCGACUUGACAAAUGUCAAUCCAACUUUGGAAGCCCUGAUGUUCAGCAUAUAUUGUGCCGCUAUGAUGAGCCUCGAAGAGGCCACUUGCCAAUCCACAUUCGGAUCGCCCAAAAAAGACCUUCUGGCAGGCUACCAGUUCGCAUGUCAGCAAGGGCUCGCGAAAUGUAGGGUUUGGCAGUGUACUGACCUUGACGGUCUUACCGCAUGGUUUCUGUAUCUGAUCUCGGUCCGGCCCCAAUCCGACCCUCGAUCACUUUCCUCCACUCUGGCGGCUGUUACCCGCCUGGCACAACGCAUGGGAUUGCACAGCGAGUCAGAUAACACCCGAUACUCCCCGCUCGAAGCAGACUUCCGCCGGCGAUUAUGGUGGGCUUUGAUCGUGUUCGACCAUCGCAUUAGCGAAAUGUCUGAUUACAAAACCAGUCUAUUGAUUCCUACAUGGGACUGUCAGCCUCCUUCAAACCUGAACGACUCGGAACUACGUCCCGAGAUGAAGAUGAUGCCGAAGGUUUAUGAAAGGCCUACGGAAGCCAUCUUUGCCGUUUUGCGUAGCCAACUUGCCGAUUUCACUCGUCACAGUGCCUUCCACCUCGAUUUUAUCAAUCCAUCCUUGAAAGCCAUGGCCCGCGCCAAGGCACAUAAUACAUCUAUAGCAAUGUCAUCAGUGCCGCAAACGAAUACACAGCGAAACGAGGCUGCUUCUUACGCGCUGAACAUGCUAGAAUGCGAUACCAAAUUGUGCACUCACCCUCACAUCAAAGGAUAUAUGUGGCUUGUGAAUACCUACGUCCCAGCCCUGGCCACAAUCCAUUUAGUCAACGAUUUGACAAAGCGACCGGCUGCGAGCCACGCGGACAGGGCUUGGGAGGUUAUGAGCGACAACUACGAAGCGCGUACUGCGGCCUCAAAGCCCGACGGACAGAGUGUUUUUGUCGUCUUUGCGCGAGCUGUUCUCCAGGCCUGGGCGGCGAGGGAGGCUGUCCUGCAACGCCAGAACAAGCCUCUCAACCCACCAAAUAUGGUAGUGGAUAUAGACCAUUUCUGGUCCACGAUGGACUGGCGACAGAUGCACCUUCAGGGG